UCGUCUGAGCAAGUCUUUCGGGUAACGUCAUUCGCCGUAUGCAGGCGCUGUUUUCAUUCUCGCGGCAUCGGCCACGUCCUAACUUCAUGGCAGGCGCAUCGUGUUUAGGGCCUUGUUAAUGCAGUUUGAUGCAAUCGCAGCGAUAGUUCGGUACUCGCAAUAGUGGACACGGUGAAUAAUCAACGGUAACAACAUGCCUCUGAGAUUAGACAUCAAGCGGAAGCUGACUGCCAGGUCAGACAGGGUGAAGAGCGUGGAUCUUCACCCGACCGAGCCAUGGAUGCUCUGCUCGCUGUACCAGGGCAACGUCAACAUCUGGAACCACGAGACGCAGACCCUGGUGAAGACAUUCGAGGUAUGCGACCUGCCGGUGCGAACGGCGAAGUUCGUGCCGCGCAAGAACUGGCUCAUCACCGGUUCCGACGAUAUGCAGAUCCGGGUGUUCAAUUACAACACCUUGGAGCGCGUCCAUUCGUUCGAGGCGCACAGCGAUUAUGUCAGAUGUAUAGCCGUGCAUCCGACGCAGCCGUUCAUACUUACGAGCAGCGACGAUAUGUGGAUAAAAUUGUGGAAUUGGGAGAAAUCCUGGAUCUGCCAGCAAGUGUUCGAGGGUCACACGCACUACGUCAUGCAGGUUGUAUUUAAUCCAAAGGACAAUAACACCUUCGCCAGCGCGUCUCUCGACAGAACCGUCAAGGUGUGGCAGCUCGGUUCGCCUACAGCCAAUUUCACCUUGGAGGGUCACGAAAAGGGUGUCAAUUGCGUGGAUUAUUACCACGGUGGCGACAAACCGUACCUAAUAUCCGGAGCCGACGACAGAUACGUCAAGAUAUGGGAUUAUCAAAACAAGACCUGCGUACAGACUCUGGAGGGUCACACGCAGAAUAUCUCCGCCGUGUGUUUCCAUCCGGAAUUGCCGAUCGUUCUCACAGCCUCGGAGGACGGUACCGUCAGAAUAUGGCACGCGGGAACGUACAGACUAGAGUCCUCUCUCAACUACGGCUUCGAGAGAGUGUGGACCAUAGCGUGCAUGCGAGGUUCGAAUAAUGUCGCCAUCGGAUACGACGAGGGUAGCGUCAUGGUGAAGGUCGGCCGAGAAGAACCGGCCGUCUCGAUGGAUUCGCUGGGCGGGAAGAUCGUGUGGGCGCGUCACAGUGAAAUCCAGCAGGUGAACUUGAAGGCGUUGGGUGAGGAAGCACAGGACGGUGAGCGAUUGCCGUUGGCUGUCAAAGACAUGGGCGCUUGCGAGAUAUAUCCACAGACUAUACAGCAUAAUCCGAAUGGGCGGUUCCUGGUUGUUUGCGGCGACGGGGAAUACAUCAUAUACACGUCAAUGGCGUUGAGAAACAAGGCGUUCGGGCAGGCGUCGGAAUUCGUGUGGGCAGCAGAUUCGAGCCAGUACGCUGUGAGGGAGAGUAACACAACGGUGAAGGUCUUCAAAAACUUCAAGGAGAAGAAGAGCUUCAAGCCGGAUUUCGGAGCUGAUGGUAUUUUUGGCGGAUUUUUACUCGGCGUAUCCUCGGGAUCUGGCCUUUCGUUCUUCGAUUGGGAUACGUUAAAGUUGAUCCGUCGCAUCGACAUACAACCCACGCACGUAUAUUGGGCCGAGAACGCCUCGUUAGUGGCACUAGCUACGUCAGACCAAUAUUUUAUAUUGAAGUAUCACGCGGACGUUGUCGCUAACGCGGAAAACGCUGAGGACAUUGAAAAUGCGUUCGAGAUGGUAGCAGAAAUGAGCGAGGUGGUGAAAACUGGUUUGUGGGUCGGUGAUUGUUUCAUCUACACAAACAGUGUCAAUCGUGUUAAUUAUUUUGUCGGUGGCGAAGUGGUCACUGUUUCUCAUCUGGAUAGACCGAUGUACUUGCUAGGUUAUGUACCGAGAGAUAACAGAUUAUAUCUUUGCGACAAGGAACUGUCUGUCGUCUCGUACUCUUUGCUACUAUCGGUGCUAGAGUAUCAGACCGCAGUUAUGCGUAAAGAUUUUGAAACUGCCAAUAGAGUAUUACCAACUGUUCCAAAGGAGCAUCGAACGCGAGUAGCUCACUUCUUAGAGAAGCAGGGAUUCAAAGAACAAGCUCUAGCGGUGUCGACAGAUCCCGAGCACAGAUUCGAGCUAGCGCUCGCAUUAGGAAAUCUCGCGACCGCGCACACUCUCGCCAAGGAGGCGAACAGCCAGCAAAAGUGGCGACAAUUGGCGUCCCUCGCCACGCAGAAGGGAAAACUCUGUUUAGCUCAGGAAUGCCUGCAUCAAGCGCAAGAUUUUGGUGGCCUGUUGUUACUAGCCACCAGCACGGGUAACGCGGAUAUGAUACAGAAACUUGGCGCAGUGGCGGAUGAGACGGGAAAGAACAAUAUCUCAUUCUUGUCGAACUUUAUAUUGGGCGACGUGGACAAGUGUCUCGACAUUUUGAUCAAGACAGACAGAAUUCCCGAGGCUGCGUUUUUUGCCAGGACGUACGCGCCCAGUAAAAUAUCCUCUAUCAUCAAAUUGUGGAAGGAGAAGCUCUCGGCAGUGAGCGAGAAAGCCGGACAGAGUUUAGCAGAUCCCGAACAGUACGAGAAUCUCUUUCCUGAAUAUAGAAAAGCCCUAAAGGCGGAAAAAUUCUUGCGAGAGGAAAACAAAAGAAAGAUUCCAGCUUCUGCAUUUCCUACCGUCACGCCUAAUAUUCAACGGAAACCCUUGGAGGAAAUAGAGGCCGCCGAGGAGUCAGGCGCUUUCCAAUACAAGGGCAUGAGCAGUUCUUCCGAGGUCGACGAGAUUUCGACUAAAAUGAUGAUGGACAGAUUGCAAGAUCUUUCGAUGUCAGAUGUAAAAGAUAUUUCCCUAAGUAAAGCAACUGCGUCCACUGUGAAGCAAGAAGUACCUGAGAAAGCAACGACGAAGCCCACAAGUAGUUCCAGGCCUCUCACAGUGGACGACGACGAUCUAGACAUCGAUCUAGAAAUUGAUGAAAAUAUCGAUACUACAGGUGUCAAUCUCGAUGACGAUCUUCUCGAGGAAGAUUAACCAUUGAAAUGGCAGAAUGAAUGGUAUAUACUUUCCCAUUGUAUUUUCAUUCUCCUUCUGUCGUCAGUCAUUCCCUGCAAGAAAGGUUUCCCGCAAGAAAAUGAUAAGAGGUAUAGAAUCGAGUAUUAAAAUUAUAUAAAACUUAUCCCUGUGCGCAAGUAUGUUUAUAUCGCUGCAUGAAUUAAGAAGGAUAAUGCAGCACAUAUUCGCUGCUUGAAUUCGGCGAGUAAAAGUUAAAUAUAUUGUUGAUAUAACGAAAAGUAUAAUAUGUGCUCCUACGUCGCACUCUUUCAUCUCCAUUGUAUUGCGAACGUUUCCAUUUCCUUGUUCCUAAACGCAAACAGUAAACAGUAAAAACAUUUAAUCUCCGCUUUAUCAAAAUGCAUAGUACAUACAACAUAUUUCUAAAAAUGAGUAGAUAAAAAAGAUAGAGAUAUUUCUAAAAUUUGAAAUCGAUCUUUAUUUCUUAAUAGUAAGCUUCUGUUACAAGUCUAAAUUUCCAGAUUUUUUCCCCUAAUUAAGUUUCAAAAGUACAAGUAAGCAAUGCAAUAUUACUUCUAGUUCAAUUUAAAACGAACAGAAUUUUAAUUUAAACUUUAGGUAAAUAAGACAUGAUUAUGCUUUGAGAAGCCAUAAACGUGGACGAUGAAUAUCUUAAUUCGCGCUAAAGAAACAAAUUUGACAAGAAACAAGCACUGUGCAUUUUCAACUUUGGAGUGACCAACUCUCCGGGGCCACUCGGUAUAUCAGCUGCGCGUAUUUGUCACGUUGCAUUUCCCUCCGGAUUUUCGGGCCGGUCUGGGAGUGCGUGCGUAAAAGCCAGAGUCGAAUCGAUACACUCGUACGUGUCACAAGGUGCCGGGGGGAAAAACAAAGAGGCGCAGUUAGCACGAGCCGUACGUGCCCGGCCGUGCACUCACGAAAGAGGGAACAGGCGUGCGUGUUGAGGCAAAAUAUACUCGUUAUUAAUGCCAACAGGAAAAGGAGGUGCGAAGAGUUAAACUUAUCUGAGUAACCGAGAAAAUAGCGCAAAUUGCUACCAUUUUUUUUAUAUAUAUCAUUUUUUUAUUUGCGUAAUGUUUCAGACACUUGUAUAUUUGGCGGCUUAGUAAGUACCAUAUUCGAAUGUGUAAAAUACAAAAAUAUACAAUAAUGUAGCAUAAUGAUAAUUAUUUUAAAAUAUUGUUAAAAUAUUAACAUUAUAAUUAAUUAAAAUAUUAAUUACUAAAUAUAAAAUACA